AUGGAUAUAUUUAGAAUAUUGAGCAGAGGUGCUUCGUUGAAGAAAUCGAAGAGUGUCACCACUGACUACUCAUUACCUUCAGACACUCAAGUGAGCAGCCAAAAGAAGAAAGAAGAAUCCAUCAAGCAUCAGGUUGACAAAGAAACAGACUUCUUCCAUACCAAAAGCCACCAUAGUUCUGAAGCCAAGGACGAUAAAAUAGACAGAGAAGUGGCAGAGGGUGACAAAAUUCCACCUCCGCAAAUCUCAAACCAAGAUGAAGCAGCCCUUUUACGUAAGGCUAACAAAUCCAAGGUCACUGGGUUGGACAUCCCUUUGCCCAUCGGUUCGUUCCAAGAUUUAACUUCCAGAUUCCAAUUCGAGAAGAAGCUUCUCUCAAAUCUCAUUGAGGCUGAGUUCGUGGAGCCUACGCCGAUCCAGUGUGAGUCCAUCCCUAUUGCAUUGAACAACAGAGAUCUCAUUGCCUGUGCCCCAACAGGUUCUGGUAAAACAUUAGCAUUUUUGAUUCCAUUAAUCCAAGCCGUUUUGGACUCGCCAAAGCCUUCCAAGCUCCACGGCAUUAGAGGGUUAAUAAUAUCGCCCACCAAUGAAUUGGCUACACAGAUUUUCCAGAACUUAGAAGUCAUUUCCAGAUCGUUUCUAUCCAGUAAGAAGUUGAACAUUGCCAUCUUGUCUAAGCAGUUGGCCAACAAGCUCAACAACAACAUUAUAAAUUCGUCUAAGUACGAUAUCAUAGUGUCCACUCCAUUAAGAUUAAUUGAUAUCGUGAAGGCUGGAAAGAUAGACCUUUCGAAGGUGGAGCAGCUUGUUAUCGACGAAGCUGAUAAGUUAUUCGACCAUGGAUUCGUGGAGCAGACAGACGAUAUAUUGUCACACUGUACUAAUAACAGCAUCAGAAAGUCUAUGUUCUCUGCAACUAUCCCAUCUUCAGUGGAGGAAAUGGCGCAGUCCAUAAUGAGGGACCCCAUUAGAGUGAUCAUCGGACACAAGGAAGCUGCUAACAACACCAUUGAGCAGAAGUUGGUGUUCACAGGUAACGAGGAAGGAAAAUUAUUGGCUAUUAGGCAGAUGAUCCUGGAUCUGGAAUUCAAGCCCCCAAUUAUCAUAUUCUUGCAAUCUAUCACCAGAGCGAAGGCAUUGUUCCAUGAGUUGCUCUACGAUAAGUUGAAUGUAGAUGUGAUCCACGCAGAAAGAACCCCCAAGCAAAGAGACGAAGUUAUCAAAAGAUUCAAAAAAGGUGACGUUUGGGUGCUUAUAACCACAGAUGUGUUGGCUAGAGGGGUUGAUUUCAAGGGAGUCAACUUGGUUAUAAAUUACGACGUGCCUCAGAGCGCCCAGGCUUACGUUCACAGAAUUGGUAGAACUGGAAGAGGUGGUAAGGUUGGUAAGGCAGUCACCUUUUUCACCAAGGAAGAUAGCUUGGCCGUUAAGCCUAUUUUGAACGUCAUUAAGCAGUCAGACAACUCUAACUCCACCUACAGUGCAUGGAUGGAGGAUUUAGACAAGCUCACCAAAAACGAGAAGCAAAAGAUCAAGCAACACUCUGUGAAGAGAAAGCAGAUCAGUACUGUGCCAAAGGUGGUGAAACAGAAGAGAAAGCGUAGAGAAGAUAUGAUAGAGGGAUCCAAAAGAAGAAAGGAGGAGGAAGCCAAAGCAGAGAGCUGA